GGGUGGUAGUAUGUUACCAUGUUAUGUUCUUACACUAUACAAAAGAAGGAAAGUGAUAUUAUAAAGCUCACUGACAAUCUGAUUUCCUUUUCAGGAAAUCCUGUCCCUGUCAAGGAGCUUUAUUUCUGUUUGCUCACCAGAGGACCCUUCAGUAUUGUUAAUGUCUGCAAAUUGUACGUACAGAAGUAAAAGCACAAAGCAAGCAUGUUUUAAGUCCACCUCCAACAGCAAUGCAUGCUUUCAUUAUGCAAUAAGGACUGGCUGUUUAUAGUUAAAGACGCCCACUGGAAAAAAGCCAAUAGCCUAUAGUGCUCUUCCUCAGGAAAAUUUAAGCAGCUGUGGCAAUGUAAUUUAAAACCUCUCAAAACUUUGCUGCAGUGCCUGUACUACUUGAUUAUACCAUGAGUGCUUGGUGCCGUCAGUUCUCUAAAGGAAUCACUUCGCUACAAUAUGAAAAAGAAAACUGAAAUGCAAACCUGGAGGCAGCCUGAAAGAUCCAAGUAGAUGAGCUUGCGACACCCUCUUUCAGAGCCGAGCGAUUCCUCAUACCCUUGCUGUGCCUCCUUGAUUCAGAACCACGCUAGUUAAAGGCUUCCAAACUCAGAUUUCAAAGGAAUACUCUGACUGUUCCAGCUGUUGUACAAAAUAAUUGGGACCAGCUGGAUGUCAGGAUGCAAGUGGUUACAAUUAUAAUACUACUCUUCUUUUGUAAAGCAGCUGACUUUAGGAAGACGAGAAAUGGAAGUUCAAGAAACAAAGCAAAUAAUGGAAAGUCAAGCGGCUUAAGAAAAGCAUCCGGCACUGUCAAGCGCUACACCCCAGGCCCCCCAUGUGAUGUGUACACCUAUCUUCAUGACAAAUACUUAGACUGCCAAGAAAGGAAACUGACAUUUGUAUUGUCUGAUUGGCCUGAAGAUUUAAAACACAUGCUCCUAGCAAGAAAUAGAAUUCGCAAGCUGAAGAACAACAUGUUUUCCAAGUACACAAAAUUAAAAAGUCUAGAUUUACAACAGAAUGAGAUAUCAAAAAUUGAAGAUGAAGCUUUUUUUGGUUUAAAUAAACUCACUACACUUUUACUCCAGCACAAUAAAUUGAAAAUUCUGUCAGAGGAGGUGUUUAUUUACAUGCCUCUUUUAAUUUAUUUGCGCCUGUAUGAUAAUCCAUGGGACUGCAACUGCCAGACAGAAACUCUUAUAACGAUGCUGCAGCUUCCAAGUAACAGGAACUUGGGAAAUUAUGCUAAAUGUGUACACCCAACAAAACUAAAAGGUCAAAAGCUCAAGCAAGUAAAAUCAGAGCAGCUGUGCACUGAAGGAGAAAGACCAGACCCUCCUAUUCCAAAACCUAAACCCAUCAGACCUGAAUUCGACUCUUCUCUCUGCCACAUUUACAUGUUUCCUGUACAGACACUGGACUGCAGGAAAAAAGAAUUAAAGAAAGUUCCUGGUAACAUCCCUCCAGAUGUAGUUAAACUUGAUCUAUCUAACAAUAAAAUCAACCAGCUACGACCUAAGGAAUUUGAAGACAUGAAUGACCUGAAGGUAUUAAACCUCAGUAGUAAUGGAAUAGUUCACAUAGACCCAGCUGCAUUUGCAGGACUCAUGAACCUGGAAGAAUUGGAUUUGUCAAACAACUCCCUGCAAAAUUUUGAAUAUGGAGUAUUAGAAGAUUUGUACUUUUUGAAAAUACUGUGGCUUAGAGAAAAUCCUUGGAGAUGUGACUACAACAUACAUUAUCUUUUCUACUGGUUGAAGCACCACUACAGUGUUCACUACCAUGGUUUGGAAUGUAGAAAACCUGAGGAAUUCAAAGGCUGGUUUGUUGGGAAAUAUGUCAGAAGCUAUUAUGAAGAGUGUCCCAAAGAUAAGCUCCCUAUUUACCCAGAAACAUUUGAACAGGAUACUGACGAUGAAGAAUGGGAAAAGCACAAAGAAUAUCCAGUUCAAACAGGAAAGAAACAUGGGGUAAUUGUCACUGUAAUAGGUUAAUUUGAUCACUGCCACGUUCAAUCCUUUAAUAUUUUUGUAAGAAAAAAUGGUAGUUUAUAUUUUUGUUAAAUGCAGUGUAUGUUCAGGAGGGACUAUCUGUUAAAAUAUUUUUUGGUACUAAUCACAUGAUGACAUUACCUGCUCCUUAUAAACUUACUCUUUUUAAUCUGUUUUGUGUCAUCUUUGCCUAACUGGUAACCAUUUGCAAAUUUUUAAUUAAUUGCAAAUAAAUCACUGCAAAUGAUUUAUUGCAGUGUAAUAAACUAAAACUCUUUAGAGAGUUGGGCUUAAACAUCCUAAAACUGAAAUCCAUGUUUUACCAGAAGUAAGUUGCACUAUGCUCAGUGGAGCCUACUCCCAAUUAAGUGUGCAUAGAACUACUGUCAUCCACUGCAAUCUGAUGCAUAUUGUAACUGUAACAGAAGGCACACACAUCCAAUUUUCUAAUGAGGCACAAAAAGGCAACCACCAAUUUAACCUUUCUAAGUGCCUAGAUCUGGACAAGGACAAAGUCCUAGACUUGUAGCGAGUCAUCUGAUACAGGGGAUAGGCAGCCAAAGUCCAAUUUGUAAUUACUGGAUCCUUCCCAACUACUCUAUUCUGAACUUAGUCAAA